GAGUACGGCAAGCGGGAGGGACGAGCGGUCGUCAAUGUUUGGAGUCUGGUUUCCAGGUUAGGGGUUUGUCAGCGUCCAGAAGUGCGGGUUGGCGGAGGAGAGAGCGGCUAGGCCAUGUCGGCCUUCGAGAAGCCUCAGAUCAUUGCCCAUAUCCAGAAGGGCCUCAACUACACGGUGUUUGACUGUAAGUGGGUGCCCUGCAGCGCCAAAUUUGUGACCAUGGGCAACUUCGCACGGGGCACCGGCGUCAUUCAGCUGUACGAAAUCCAGCACGGGGACCUAAAGCUGCUUCGGGAGAUUGAAAAGGCCAAACCCAUUAAAUGUGGAACAUUUGGUGCAACAUCUUUACAGCAGAGAUAUUUAGCUACUGGAGAUUUUGCUGGAAACCUUCAUAUAUGGAAUUUGGAAGCUCCAGAGAACCCAGUCUAUUCUGUAAAGGGCCAUAAAGAAAUUAUAAAUACUAUAGAUGGUGUAGGUGGACUCGGAAUCGGGGAAGGCGCACCUGAAAUUGUGACUGGCAGCCGAGAUGGAACUGUGAAGGUGUGGGACCCAAGGCAGAAAGAUGAUCCUGUCGCUAAUAUGGAACCUGUACAAGGAGAAAACAAGAGAGACUGCUGGACCGUGGCGUUUGGCAAUGCUUAUAAUCAAGAGGAGCGUGUUGUGUGUGCUGGCUAUGACAACGGGGAUAUCAAACUUUUUGACCUCAGAAACAUGUCGUUGCGGUGGGAGACAAACAUUAAGAAUGGGGUAUGUAGCUUGGAGUUUGACAGAAAAGAUAUAAGUAUGAAUAAGUUAGUAGCUACAUCUCUGGAAGGCAAGUUUCAUGUUUUUGACAUGAGAACACAGCAUCCGACCAAAGGCUUUGCUUCUGUUUCAGAAAAGGCCCAUAAAUCUACCGUGUGGCAGGUCCGACACCUGCCCCAGAACCGAGAGCUGUUCCUGACGGCGGGCGGCGCCGGUGGCCUCCACCUCUGGAAGUACGAAUACCCCGUUCAGCGGUCAAAGAGAGAUUCCGAAGGAGUAGAGAUGGGAGUUGCAGGUUCCGUCAGCCUUCUGCAGAAUGUCACGUUGUCUACCCAGCCCAUUUCCAGUUUGGAUUGGAGUCCAGAUAAAAGGGGCCUCUGCCUCUGUAGUUCAUUUGAUCAGAUGGUAAGAGUACUGAUUAUUACAAAACUCCAAAAAAUUUAACCUGAAGACUUUGGACUUUGAAACCUUCCAGCGGAACACUGCGCUGGAAUUUAGAAUGUGUUCUGGACCCUGCGACCCUCACUGAACAAAGUUGAUUUGACUGAUGAAAAAGGCCCAGACGCGGACCUCCAGGCUCGCCUCUCCCUGGGUGUGGAAUGCCCGGUGGCAUUCUGGCCACCUGGCUGGUCGCUGGUUCACUGCUGCACCCUGGGCACCAUGGUCUCCAGAGCCAGCUCUUCUCCCUCCAUUUCUGAGAAAGUUGAUACUUGGCUGUAUUUCAACAUGUUUAAAUGUGUUCUGCAUCCCCACCAAAGUUCCAUGUUUUAUAAUAAACACUUGAGUUGCAUUGCCAUGUUGACACUGUUGCGGUAGGGAUCACUUAAUUUCAUUUAGAGUGGUUUGCCUUUGUGAAACUACUGUGAAUUAACCUUCAUAAAUACACUUUGAGAGGUUUCACAGUGACUAAGUUUCAGUACAAAAUAUUACUUUAUAAAAUAACCAAAGCGUGCAGUCAAACUAGGUUUGGGUAACUGUUUUUAGCAGUGUAACUCAUAAAAUGAAAUACUGUGAUUUAUGGAGACCUCUUGUUUUUUUUCUUUACCUAAAAAAAUGAGUUAAAUUAGUGAGACUUUUGGUUGUUGACUAUGGUAAGUGAUGUUGAGAUGUUCAAGAUUGUGGGGGGUUUGUAGCCUUAGUUUUUGUCAAACUUUUUUAUAUAUUUUCUGAAUAAAUUUUUGUUUUUGAAAUCAA